AUGCUCAAGGUCAUCGAGGACGAGGGCGGGUCGCACGGCGAGGACGCGGCCGCGGUCCUCGCGUCGGCCGAGGCCAUGUUCGAGACCUUGUUGGAGUGGAUCGAGGACCCGUCGAAGUGCGGCCGGCCGCCGGCGGCGCCGUCCAACGCCACGAAGCUCGCGGACGUCAUGUGCGCCGCGUCGCUCAGCCUCGAUUUUUACCAUCUGUCGGCCGACGCGGAGACGCGCGAGGGCCACAAGCGGCGCAUCGCCCAGGCCUGCGCGGACGUGCUGCGCCACUACGACGCGUCGAAGCGCAUCCUCGUCGAGCAGGCGGGGCCCGACGGCGUCGACUACGCGACGCCCGCCGGGCGCCUCUUCCUUCCGGGCCAUUCCAUCGAGGUGGCGUGGUUCCUGCUGCAGAUGGUCGAGGUCGUGCCCGACGAAACCCUCAAAAACGUCGCGCUCGACGCCAUCGAGGGGUCGCUGGAGCGCGGCUGGGACGACGCCCACGGCGGCGGGUUGCUCUACAUGAUGGACCUCGAGGGCCGGCCCCUCGUCGACGCGACGGUCACGAACGACGACAAGCUGUGGUGGCCGUGCACGGAGGCGCUCAUCGCGCUCGUCAUGGCGCACACGCUCACGGGCGACGACGACCGCUGGGGGGGCUGGCUCCGCAAGGUCCACGCCUACUGCUACGACCACUUCGCCACCGACGCGUCCUGGUACGGCUACCUCAAGCGCGACGGCACGCCCCGCCACACCGCCAAGGGCGGCAACUACAUGGGCUUCUUCCAUCUCCCCCGCGCGCUCAUCAUGUGCGGCUGCUGCCACGGCGCCCUCGACGACAUCUACGCGGCGCUGCGCGAGGUCGAGCGGCGGCGCGGCGUCAAGGUGGACCUGCUCAUCUGCUGCGGCGACUUCCAGGGCCUGCGCAGCGAGGCGGACUUCGAGGCGCUGGCCGUGCCGGCCAAGUACCGCGAGAUGAACUCCUUCGUCAAGUACUACCGCGGCGAGGCCGAGGCGCCCUGCCUCACGGUCUUCGUCGGCGGGAACCACGAGGCGUCGAACCAGCUCGGCAGCCUGUUCUACGGCGGCUGGGUCGCGCCGAAGAUCUACUACCUCGGCGCCGCGGGGAGCGUGCGCGUCGGCGGGCUGCGCAUCUCGGGCCUGAGCGGCAUCUACAACGGCAAGCACCACCGGUGGGACCACUUCGAGAACACGGCCGACGCCGUCGACGCGCGCGAUGCCGUCCGAUCGGCGUACCACGUCCGCGAGGUCGACGUCUUCCGCCUCGCGCUCCUGGGCCGCGGCGAAGUCGACGCCUUCAUUAGCCACGACUGGCCCCGGGGCGUGGAGCAGUUCGGCGACGUGCGGCGGCUCCUGCGGCGCAAGAAGCAUUUCGCCGACGAGGUCGCGCGCAACGACCUGGGCUCGCCCGCGAACGAGCUGCUGCUCAAGCAGCUCCGGCCGACCCACUGGUUCUCGGCGCACCUCCACGUCAAGUUCGCCGCCCUCGUGCCCCACGACGACGGCACGGCGACGCGGUUUCUAGCGCUCGACAAGUGCCUGCCGCGGCGCGACUUCCUCCAGCUGCUGGUCUUGGAGCGGCCCUGCGACGGGCCCGUCGAGCUCGAGUACGACGCCGAGUGGCUCGCCGUCCUCGCCAAGACCCACGCCCUCGGCGGCUGCCUCCCGCCGCCGCGGCGCCGGCAGCUCCCGGACGUCUUCGACCGCCCGGGCCCGGGCGACGUCGCCGCGGCCCGGGCCAGGGCGGAGGCGCGCUGCGGGGCCUGGGGCGCGCCGGCCCACGCGCCGCUGAAGAUCCCCGAGGACUUCGUGCCCGCGCCGCCGGGGCCGCCGGACCCGCGGAACCCGCUCCGGGAGGCGAGCCCCGGGGCAGGAAAAGAGUGCGAAAUUCCCAACUUCAAAGGCUCCGAUCUCGGCCGUUUUCCACUCGCGAGCCCGCAGACGGACGCGUUCCUCGACAUGCUCGGGCUGCCCCACGUCGUGACGCGGCCCUGCGCCGCGCCGCCGGCCGCGCCGGCCGUCGCGCCGCCGGACCCCGCGGAGAUCGCCCUCGACGACGACGACGACGCGGCGCCGCCGGUCGCGGACCCCGCGGAGAUCGCGCUCGCCGACGACGACGACGACGACGACGCGGCGCCGGUCGCGGACCCCGCGGAGAUCGCGCUCGCCGACGACGACUCGGAGACGGGCUAAAGAAGCGAAAGCG